GAGAGAGAGAGAGAGGGAGGGAGGGUGCUACUUUCUUGGUUUACUUGGAGGGUAGGAUAGGAAUUUACCUGUAUUGACAUACUUCUUCCACUCCUCUCUCUUACUUUCUUUCUCUCCCUCUCCUUCCCCCCCUCCUCCCCUUCUCUCCCUCUCUGGCUCAGGUGUUGGUCUUGAUCCAUCUGUCAGUAUAAAAGUUUGGAAGAGGUCUUCAGCGGUUCAGUCCAUCAUUUCCUUUCUCAAUGAGAGGCUCAAAGGGUCAACCGCUCUCCUCUACCCAGCGCCGCUCAGUCUAUCUAAACCAACAACCACCUUGGCAUGUGACCGGUCUGACAGAGUGUGACACACCUGGCACUUCUUCUCUGAGCCUGUGCCGUCUGCUCAGCACCUGAACGCCUGGCACUGCGUCAGCGACACACCUGGACACAUCAGGACUGGACUGGAAUGAUUGAUUGUCACCACGAGAUCCAAAUAAGAUACUGUGGCCUACUGGCAGAACAAGAUUGUUGUCGAAUCAAGGAGGAUUUUUUUCUAGGCACACCAUCAUGUCUACAGACUCUCCCAGCUCCACAUUUACACCCAGUGCCAACAGGUUCCUGACAACGACACCAGCCCCUCAGACCUCCUCCCUACGCACCUCUGAGCCUCCAGGGUCCUCCUUCCAGCAGAUGGCGCACUCACAGUGUGAGGAGAGCAGUUCUGUGUCAUUUACCACUGCCCAGCCCGCGAGAGAGAGCGCCACCUACAGACAGAGGAAUGCCGCUGCAGAGAGCUGCAGGAGGCACAGUGUUGAUGGAGCCAUGGUGGGACAGAGUCAAAGGUCAAACUUAGGGUCAGGAUCGGCUGACCGCUUCCACCCCUACCGACAUCAGUUCAGCGAUGAUGGGGUUGGCACGGGUUGCCUGGCCCCUGGUGCCCCUGGGUCUCGUACCUUCGUCUGUCUCAGACAGGUAGAGGCUCCAGAUAGCUUCGCUGCCACACACACAUCUACCAGUGAGGAACAGACAUCCUGGGAUCCAUACAACGGGAGUUUCCAGGCUUCCAGACUGAUGCAGGGCUCCCAGCGCUCUUACACAGAACCACCGGAUGCACCCGAGGAACCUUCCUGCUUCCUGUCCCAAGGCCACGCCUCCUACAGCCCCCUAGCCCCGCUGCCGCAGUUCUCACCAGGUGUGUAUUCUACCAGUGGACAAUCCAAAAGUUCUCAGUUCUCUCUCCAGUGCCUCUCCACUCCAACCCAUCAGGACAGUAGCAUGCAGUCCCUCUUCCCCAAGCCCAUCUACUCAUACAGCAUCCUGAUCUUCAUGGCUCUGAGGAACAGUAAGACAGGGAGUCUCCCAGUUAGUGAGAUCUACAGGUUCAUGACUGAACACUUCCCCUACUUCAAGACGGCUCCAGAUGGAUGGAAGAACUCGGUCCGCCACAACCUGUCUCUGAAUAAGUGCUUUGAGAAGGCGGAGAAUAAGAUUGGCAACUCUUCCCGUAAGGGCUGCCUGUGGGCCCUCAACCCAGCCAAGAUAGAGAAGAUGCAGGAAGAGCUACACAAGUGGCGCCGCAAAGACCCCCUCACUGUCCGCAAGAGCAUGGCCAGGCCAGAGGACCUGGAUCGCCUGUUGGGGGAAAGACCAGAGAAGCUGAAAUCUUUACCUUCUUACCACAACCAGAUCCCUACCCCUUCCUCCUUCACAUCCCAUCCUCCAGAGCCCUGUCACCCUCUUCGACGUCCCCUCUACCCCCACGUCCCCCCUCCCUCCCUGACAGUCCAACAGCACCCCCGAUACCUGCCCCCCAACCCCCCCCACCCCUUCUCCUACUACUCCCCCUGCAGACAGCAGCCUCCAUCGGGAAUCCCCCCCAAUGUGGGUACCCUGGGUUCCCCUCUGGCGGGGCAGACACCCUCCACCUGUAGCGCCACCAUACAGGCAGAGUAUGACGUUGGGCCCAGGAGCAUACAGGAGCUACAGCUAGAUGAAGAUGCUAGUAACGAUAUCGACACGCUCAACCCCAGCUUGACUGACCUGCAGCUCCACGGUUACUUGUGGGAGGAGCUGAGAGAGGACAGCCUGGCUCCUGAUUCGCUGGUGGUAAUCAGCCCCUCCCUGUCCCCCUCCUCUUCCCAGCCAACACACCUCCACCUGGGGUCCAGUCUGAGAAGCACCGGUCCUGUCAACCAGACAUCAGAGUGGAUCUCCGACGGGCUGGGGAAGGAAGAUGAGGAAGAUGAGGAGGAGAUGGGAGGAGGAUGUGGAGGUCCAUCAGACCUCCAUAUUAAUGGACAGUAUCACACAACAUACCCAGGUGUGGAGAGCUUGGCUGGUUACCUCACUUCUAUGGGGAACACCCCCAUACCUUUGCUUUGAAGCCCAGGAAUAGGGCUCCCUUCGUGGAAUAGCUCACAAAGACCUUCCCCAUAACCGUGUUAACAAUAUGUUUUUAUUCAUAACAAUGACUUUGGCUGGGUCAAAGUCAAGAUUUGAAAUUCAUGAGAAUGAAUGUAUCCAAAAGCUCAUGUCACACCUGACUGUUCAGUGAUUAGGAGUAGAGUGCAGUAUGACCUAACUCCACACAAGAUGGCAGCAGAGAGCUGUAAUUACUGGGAACUUUAAAGUUGUAGACAACUACAGCACUGAUGACAUUUUUUCCUUAUUCUACACUACAGAGAAUCAUAUAUGUUCUACACAAUACAUUUCUAUGUUGAACAUUCUGUGAAGUCGCAUUCUCCUGAAUAAGCCCCCUGGUGUGAUAUGUUCCCACUAUUGCAAUUAGCAUUUUAUACAGCUUAUGGUGACAAGAGAUGAUUCAAGCCAGUUGUUUUUUAGCUCAAAGCUAAUGAAUUCAAUUACAAAAUUUGUCUUAGCAUAAUUUCUGAUAUGAAACAGGGAGCAUACUCACUGUUUACUCAAUUCAUUUUGCUUUCUAUAAAUAGUUUUCAAAGCUUUAUAGCUAAAUUACCAUUGAGGAUGGAAGUCAAUAUCAAGGCAGAGCCAGACGACUGUUCUCAGGCCUUCAUCUGGUUCCCGCAGGCACUAUCUCAUAAUAAAGAUGACAUCACCUCACCAGACACAUUUUUUUUGUCAAAGCAUGUGUGAAAAGCCCCUUUUUCUUGUAUGACUUAACUGACUAUAUAGUAAACUGUUUUUGAUUUAUA